GCCACUCUCUGUUGCCCUCUCAUCCUGUCUGCUCAAGUGGUGGCUGCUGUGAGACGCUGCAACCAUGGCUGCUACUGGAACUUUCCGUAUGGUGUCAGAGGAGGAGCAGGCCAUGAGGGCAAAGCUGGAGCAUUUGACAGUGAAGGAUCAUGGGCCGGUGUUUGGGCCGUGCCACAAACUGCCUGGACACACUGUGCAGAAGGCAAAGGAUGAGCUGAAUGAAACAGAUGAGAGACGGGUGUCGUCACUGAAGGACCUGAGGACCAUGAUGAAGGACAGGGCAGCGGAGGGAGACGAUCUGGCCAAACUGGUGCUGGAGCGCUUCGGGGACACACCGGACUCCCUGCUGCUGCGCUUCCUCAGAGCCCGAAAGUUUGACAUCGUCAGAGCCCACGAGCUCCUGAAAGGUUACGUGCGCUUCAGGAAGGAGUAUCCGGAGCUGUUUGAGAACCUGACCCCCGAGGCGGUCCGCAGCACCAUCGAGGCCGGUUACCCCGUGGUUCUCCCCAGCAGGGACCGGUUCGGCCGCGUGGUGCUGCUCUUCAACAUCGACACCUGGGACCUGGAGGAGAUCACCUUUGACGAGAUCUUGAGAGCAUACUGUGUGAUCCUGGAGAAGCUGCUUGAGAAUGAAGAGACCCAGAUUAAUGGCUUUGUCCUGAUCGAGAACUUCCGAGGCUUCACCAUGCAGCACGCCUCGGGGAUAAAGCCGGCUGAGCUCAAAAAGAUGGUGGACAUGCUGCAGGACUCCUUCCCGGCCCGUUUCAAGGCGGUCCACGUCACCCACCAGCCCUGGUACUUCACCACCACAUACAACGUGGUCAAACCCUUCAUGAAGAGCAAACUGCUGGAGAGGGUCUUCAUUCACGGCGACGAGCUCGACAACUACCUCAAAGAAUUCGAUGCAGAUCUCCUACCUGCGGAUUUCGAUGGAAAAGGCCCCGUGUCUGACUAUCAAACCAUCGCCAACAAGGUCUUUGGCUCUGAAGACACUGCUCUCUGAAAGAACUAUUCAAGCCCAAGAAUAGAGUCCUCCACCUGAGAUGCUUCUUGUGUGAUCAGAUCAGAUACGUGGUCUAUUUUGGAGCUAGGUUGUUUUUUAUUGUUAUUACUCAAGGAAAAAAAAAAGUAUCUAGAGUUAGAAGCAGGGGAUGGUUUGCAAAUGAGAAAUGUGGUACAAAAGGAAAAGAAAAAGGAAGUUUAGAUAUCACAGAGAGAAUAACUGAUAGUUAACAUUUGUUACUUUGCAGCACUGACAUUCCUUGCUAUUGCAUGAGCGGAUCAAGAAUGAGAGAGUUGGUUAUGUGACGAUGUAGAUCACAACAAGUUUCUUUGCCCUAAAAAAAAAAAUCACAAGAACAGGCUCAUGCCUAAAACCCUGUCAGACGAAUUAAGUCGCUGCAGAUUCUGUGUAUUACGAGGGUGAAUUUUAGGUUUGCGUGCAGAGAGAAAACCGAUGAGGGAAAAGCCUGCAUUAGAGUAUUGUUUAAGGAGCGAGGUCCUCCUGAUGCAGUGCCUUGGAAACCGUCUCCACAGCCUUCUUUUCAGAUCUGACAGCAUCACAGAGCUGUGAUACUCAGAUGCCUGAAGUAACAUUAGCAUCCAUUGUGAAGUUUUGUGUUGGGUCGGGAAAUGUUCAAUAAAAUAGAUGUUUUUGUGUGUG